UUCUCUUUGACUUCUAAAGAACAAGGAUUUCAUAAGUGGGAUAAUGGAUUUGGAUCAAGUGAUGGUGGCCUUCGUUGGGUGGCAGCAAUCAUUUUUUAGUGUGAAAACUUGUUGUUGCUGGUGCUUGCUUAUUAACUGAUGCAUGAUACUUGGUCUUUCGUCAUUUUUGUGAUUUGUUAUGAUGUGGUUGUUGAUAUAUUGCUGUUGUGUGAACUCCCAAUAUGUUUGAUAUUUGACCUGAUUGAAGUUUCAAGCUCGAAUAGAUGGUUUCUUAUUGUUGGUAGACUCUUUAUGGGUUUUGUGAAUUAUUAGGUUGUGUUAUGUAUUCGGGAUGGAUGAUCUUGGUUAUUUAUCCUUCAUCAAUUAAAAUUCUUCUUGCUUUAAAAAAAUAUUCCUCUUCCUCUCUCGCCAGAGCUUCUAAACAAAAGUUACUAGAACGAGAAAUCCGCAGUGAAGACCUUGAGGCUUGGACAAAAAUGGCUUCAGUCAGUUUAGAUCUUUUUGUUGGCAAACUCAUCUCAGCUCUAGAAAAUGAAGCUUCUUCCUUAACUGGGGUUUCUAAUGAAAUCGAAGAUAUGAAGCAUCUAUUAAAUAACAUCAGAUCUUUUCUCGUGGAUGCUGAUAAAGUGGGGGAAAGUAGUGAAAGACAAAAGGCUUGGGUUGCAAGUGUGCGGGACAUAGCAUACCCAGUAGAAAACAUCAUCGACGAAUUCAUGUAUAACUUGAACAGGCAAAGACAAUGGAGCGUCAUCCAUCGAACACUUCGUUUUCCAAAGGAUUUGUUGGUGAGGCAUAAAGUAGCAGCCAAGUUGCAAGAUAUCAAGAAAAGGAUGAAUAAAAUUACUGAGAGAGCCCAUCAAUUUGGAGUUCAACAACUAGAAGAAAGGGGCUCUUGCUAUGAUCCUAAUUGGAAGAACAGAUUGAGCGAGUCAUCACUUUUCUUUAAAGAUGAUGAUCUUGUGGGAAUCAGAGAGGCACAACAUGAGUUAUUGGGAUGGCUAAUGGAUGAAAAACCCCGACGGACUGUCAUUUCAGUGGUUGGGAUGGGCGGUUCAGGAAAGACUACUCUUGUUGCCAACACCUUCAACAAACAAAGAGUUAAGCAACAUUUUGAUUUCUGUACUUGGAUCACUGUCUCAAAACAAUAUGUGAUUGAAGAGUUGUUUAGGUCCAUGGUAAAAGAAGUCUACAAACAAACAAAUGAAGAAGUUUCGAUUAUGGUAGACACCAUGAGCUACAAAGUAUUGGUGGAGACACUUGUGCAGUACCUGCAGCCAAGAAGGUAUCUUAUUGUUUUAGACGAUGUGUGGAGCAUUAGAUUCUGGCAGGAGAUUAAUAUUGCACUUCCAGAAGGUAUGUGUGGAAGCAGGGUCAUGGUUACGACUCGAAGAGAAGAUGCAGUCCCUUUCCAAUCUGGGUUUGUAAGCUACGUCCACCAAAUUCGGCCCUUGAAAAUGAUUGAGGCUUGGAACCUUUUUUGUAAAAAAGCUUUUCCAAAUGAACGUGGAGGGUGUCCAUCAGAUCUUGAUUCUUUGGCAAGAAAGCUAGUUGAAAAAUGUGAAGGCCUGCCAUUAGCUAUUGUGGCUCUAGGUGGUUUGAUGUCUUCCAAGAAGUCAAUAGCAGAAUGGAGAGGAGUUUAUGAUAACUUGAAUUGGGAGCUAAGCAACAACGCUGCACUUGAGUUAGUGAAAGCUAUCUCACUGCUUAGUUACCAUGAUCUAUCUUUCCGCCUCAAGCAGUGCUUCCUGUACUGCUGUAUGUUUCCAGAAGAUUAUGCAAUUUCUCGAAAAAGACUUAUUAGACUCUGGAUGGCAGAAGGCUUUUUAGAACAAGUUAAAGAUGUACCACCAGAAGCUGUUGCUGAGAGCUACCUAACGGAACUCAUUAGCCGAAGUUUGCUUCAAGUCGUGUGGAGGAAUUAUUUUGGAAGGCCCAAGGCAUUUAAAAUGCAUGAUCUCAUACGAGAGUUUGCUCUUAUAAUAUCAAAAGAAGAAAAACUUGUUGCUGUAUCUGAUGGGAAAACAGGAGUAGAAGAAAAUGGAAUUCAUCGCUACUCAAUUGAAGUAAAGGAUAAAGAAAUGAAGCCAGGAAAUGGUACAUCACAACUUCGUUCCUUAAUUAUUUUUGUUGUUGAUGAAAUAUUGAAAUCUUCAUUCAAUAAAUUGCCAUCUGGUUUUAAGUUGUUAAAAGUACUGGAUUUAGAAAAUGCUCCAAUCAUUGAACUGCCAAGUGAUUUUGGACAUUUAUUCAAUUUGAGAUAUCUGAACUUGACAAGAACUAAAGUGAAGGUGCUUCCAAAAUCCAUAGGUAAACUUUUUAACUUGCAGACAUUACACUUGAAGGAUGCCAAAAUUAAGAAGCUUCCAAAUGAAAUUGUGAAGCUGCAAAAUUUGCGGCAUCUAAGGGCUUCCUAUUUGAUGGAUCAAAAUGAUAGCCUUGAGAGUACUCAGGUUGAGAGUAUUCAGGGCAUAUUUGUACCACCAAACAUUUUUAUGUUAAAGAGUUUGCAAGUUUUAUCCUAUGUCACAGUAAUGGGCGGCUUAAAUGGACUUGAAGAAAUGACACAAUUAACAAGGCUUGGCCUUGAUGGAUUAACAGAAGCUCAUGAACAAGACUUGUGCUCCGCCAUUGCCGGGAUGGAACGCCUUCACCACUUAUCAUUGACUUCAGGACCUCAGGCUUCACUAAAGGUGGAUGCUCUUUUAUCAGCUCCUCCUUACCUUGAGAAGCUUCUUCUAAUUGGGAAAUUGGAAAAGGUGCCACAUUGGUUUGACACCUUACUCAACCUCAAAUACUUGAAUCUACAGAAUUCUCAACUGAGGGAAGAUGCACUUUCUCACAUCCAAGUAUUGCCUAAUUUGUUGCAUCUCGAUCUUUUAAAUGCAUUUCAAGGAGAGUGCUUGUGCUUUGUUGAAGGAUUCCAAAAGCUUAAGAUCUUAACAAUAGUGGGCUGCCCUCAGUUGAAAGAGAUUGUGAUAGAGAAAGGCAUGGUGCCUGGUCUUCAAGGACUAAAAAUCUUGGAAUGCAAACAGUUUAGGAGAUUGCCACUUGGUUGGGAACAUCUAUCACAUUUGAAAGAGGUGGCCUUGUAUGACAUUUCGGAAGAGCUGGUAGAGGCUUUAUGCAGAAAUGAAAAUGGAGACCUCCCAACAAUGCCAUACAUCUUUCUCGCUAGAACUGAUGGUGAUGACAAUGAUGAAGCCAAACCUAAGUGGGUGCUUAAAAUCCUUAAUUAGUGAUGUUUCAUCUUUCUACAAACCCAGAUGGGAGUGCUUCCCACUUGUUACUCAGCAAAGCAGAAGAAAUUCGUGGCCAGUUUGGUUCCAAGGAAAUUCUACUACCUGGAAUGAUAGUAUUCUCUAUGGUGCUUUUCGUUUGAUAUUAGCUUUAUAUAUUUGUUCAAAGAAUUGCCAGAUGUCAUUGAUGUGAUGAUAAUCAGGCAUUUGUAAUGAUUAUGAAGUCUUCAAUGUUGUAAAUCCAGACAAUUCCUACCUCUAAAUUCCCUUUGGUUAAAAGAAAAAAUAGACAAUGAUGUUAAUAACCAGCAUGUUUGGACUUAUGAUUCAUGGUAUUUGGUGUGCCUGUAACUGUUAUGUUAUGGUGUGAAUGUUGAAGAAACUUUUCAACUGUUUAAGGUAUUCAAUAUUCAGGCAAUCCGUUUGUGAUCCG